ACCCUCCCCUUUCCAGGAGAGAGAACAGCAUACUUUUUCUUGUGAUUGUUUUGGUAGGAAAACCAACUCCUGUGAAAUUUAUCCAAGGAAUAUGGCUGAGAGUGUUGUAGGCUUUCUAAUUAAGCAGCUCUCCACCUUACUUUCCCAAGAGAGCACGCUUUUGGGUGGACUUCGACCAGAUGUUCAGUUCAUCAAAGAUGAACUCGGCGACAUGAAUGCUUUCCUCAGACAAGCUGAAGCGAAGGAGGACAAUGACUCUCAACUCCAACAAUGGGUCAAGCAGGUUCGAGAAGUUGCUUAUGAUAUAGAGGAUGUUCUCGAUGAUUUUGCCUUCCGCUUUGCUCGUGGACACGCGGAUGGAUUCUUUGGCCGUGUUGAAAAGAUCUACAGCUCAACAAAAAAUCUGAAAGCCCGCCAUCGGAUUUCUUUGGAGAUAAAAGAUAUCAAGGCCAGAGUUGUAGAGAUUUCUGCAAGGCAUCAGAGGUACCAGUCCUUGUAUGGUACUCAAGAAAUAGGCCCCCGCUCUUCGCACGUGGCAAACGCAGAUUGUGAUAUUCGUGAUCAAGCACUCCUGAUUGAAGAGGCUAAGCUUGUUGGCAUCGAUCAGCCCAAAAAAGAGCUCAUCUCCAAAAUCCUUGAUGACCAUUCCCACUUGAAAGUAGUUUCAGUGGUGGGAAUGGGGGGACUCGGUAAAACCACCCUGGCGAAAAAGGUCUACGAUGAUGCUGCAGUGAAGAAACAAUUUCAGAGCCAUGCUUGGAUAACUGUUUCUCAAAAUUUUCAAUUCAAAGUCAUCAUCAAGAACUUGAUUCAACAAUUGUACGAGGAAAUCAGACAGCCGGUCCCUCCGCAAGUGGAUUCCAUGGAAGGUAUUAGGCUCAGCGAAUUUGUCAGAGACUUCCUCAAAGAAAGAAGCCAUAAUCACUGGAUAUUGCACAAGAUGGCCUGACAAAGUUCGACACCUGGCAAUCCAUAACUUCACUGGUAAACCUCCACAAGGCUUCAGCAGCUUAAAGUGUCUUCGGUCCGUGGAAACAUUCGGGUAUGAAGAACCUCUCACAACUUCAUUUUUGUCCAAGUUUUUAUGUGGUGGUCCCAAGUUCCUAAAGGUUUUAGAUUUAGCGGGAGCUGAACUGGACAACAUCCCAAAGGAAGUUUUCAAACUAUUUCAUCUCAAGUUUCUAGAUCUAAGUGGCACCAGAGUUAAAGU